GCCGGCGGGGGCGGCUGUCAGGCGUCUGACGGCGGGCAGGACGCGCCCAGUUUGUUGCUGCUUCCACUGAGACGCGGCUGCCUGACUAGCGGGGCGCGGGCGUCGUCGGCGUCGUCAGCGGCUGCUCCAGGGGCUGCCCGGCGGUGGGGACUGCGUGGCGGCCUCGGGCCGCGACGACGGCUCCGGCCAUGGACGAGCAGGCGGGGCCCGGGGUCUUCUUCAGCAACAACAACAACAACAACGCGCUGCUGCUGCCGCCGCCUCCGGGCGGGGCCGGGCAAGGGCUGGAGCCGGGGGAGGCGGCGGCAGCGGCGGCUGCAGCCGUAGCGGCGGCGGCCGGAGGCUCCUCGGCGGUCCCGGCUCCGGCCUCUGCGGCGCGGGCUCAGUACAGCGUCCCGGGCAUCCUGCACUUCCUGCAGCACGAGUGGGGCCGCUUCGAGGCCGAGAGAGCCGAGUGGGAGGCGGAGCGGGCGGAGCUGCAGGCCCAAAUUGCCUUUCUUCAAGGGGAAAGAAAAGGUCAAGAGAAUUUGAAGAAGGAUCUAGUGAGGAGAAUAAAAAUGCUGGAAUAUGCUCUUAAACAAGAAAGAGCUAAAUACCACAAGUUAAAAUACGGCACAGAGCUGAAUCAGGGAGACAUGAAGCCUCCUAACUAUGACUCAGAUGAAGGGAAUGAAACUGAAGUUCAGUCACAGCCAACUAGUCAGCUAAUAUGGAAACAAGGACGACAGCUGCUCAGACAAUAUCUGCAAGAGGUGGGAUACACUGACACCAUACUGGAUGUGAAGUCAAAGCGGGUACGAACUUUACUGGGUCUCUCAGGUGAUGGUCCAGACAGGGAAAAUGACAAAAACCAAGAAUCAAUGGUGAAUGGCACAGAUGCUGAGAUUAAAGAAAAGGUGAUGAUUGGGAAACCAGAUUUGACAGACUCUGCUUCGCUGCUAGAAACAUUUAAAUUCCUUGAAAAUGCUGCAGCAGAAUUUAGUGACGAGGAUGAAGAUGAUGAUAUUGAUGGAAGAGAGAGAACAAUCAUGGACACUUCAACGAUUGUGAGGAAAAGGGUGAUAUCAGAUAGCAGUGAAGACAGAGAUACUGAAGAGGCCUUGAAAGAGUUUGAUUUCUUGGCUACAUCCGAUGAAGGAGAUGGAGAGUCAAGAAGUUCAGGAGACGGCACAGACUGGGAAAAGGAAGACCAGUGUCCCAUGCCUGAAGCCUGGAAUGUGGACCAGGGAGUAAUAACCAAACUGAAGGAACAAUACAAAAAGGAGCGCAAGGGGAAAAAGGGGGUGAAGAGAAAAACUACCGAAGAUAUGUUUCAGCCUCAGUCCUAUAUAAAACAGUCAAAACAGGGAUGUGGGAAAAUGAUGGAGCAAAAUGCAGGGCCCAACAGGUCAAAACUACAAGAUAUGCUUGCCAAUUUGAGAGAUGUUGAUGAUCUGCCUGGAUUACAACAGUCAGCCAUGUCUCUUACCAGAUCCAGUACUUCACGGCUUAUUGAACAAGAAAUCAGUAGGACAGAGGAAGUGGAAGCUUUAACAUUCCCCCCUUCAUCCGGAAAGUCUUUCAUUAUGGGAGCAGAUGAGGCCCUUGAAAACGAGCUUGGUCUUGGGGAAUUGGCAGGCCUUACAGUAGCCAAUGAGGCAGAUUCUCUGACGUAUGAUAUAGCAAACAAUAAAGAUGCGCUGAGAAAGACCUGGAACCCCAAAUUCACCUUAAGGAGUCAUUUUGAUGGAAUAAGAGGUCUUGCUUUCCAUCCAGUUGAACCUGUGUUAAUUACGGCAUCCGAAGACCAUACAUUAAAAAUGUGGAAUUUACAGAAGACAUCUCCAGCAAAAAAGAGCACCUCUCUUGAUGUUGAACCUAUCUACACUUUCAGGGCACACAACAGUCCUGUGCUUUGUGUGGUAAUGAGUAAUACUGGUGAGCAGUGUUAUAGUGGAGGAACUGAUGGCCUCAUUCAGGGCUGGAAUACUACAAACCCAAAUAUUGACCCUUAUGAUUCCUAUGAUCCUUCAGUCUUAAGAGGUGCAUUUGUAGGCCACACGGAUGCAGUGUGGGGCUUGGUUUACAGUGGAGCACACCAGCGCUUGCUCUCCUGUUCAGCAGAUGGCACUAUCCGUUUAUGGAAAGCUUUGGAGAUCUCUCCAGCUCUGAACACAUUUAAUGAUAAUCAAGAGAUGGGGAUUCCAUCUUCUGUGGACAUUGUGAGCAGUGACCCAAGCCACAUGGUAGCAUCCUUUAAUACUGGCCACACAAGCAUAUAUAAUAUGGAAACAAGACAACGCAUCCUUACCUUCGAGUCCAACGCAGAUACUACAGUCACCUCUUCUUGCCAAAUAAACAAAGUAAUCAGCCAUCCAACUCUUCCAAUUAGUAUCACAGCCCAUGAGGAUAGACACAUCAAAUUCUAUGACAAUAACACAGGAAAAUUGAUCCAUUCCAUGGUGGCCCACUUGGAUGCAGUCACAAGUCUCGCUGUUGAUCCUAAUGGCUUGUACUUGAUGUCCGGCAGCCACGACUGUUCAAUACGCUUAUGGAACCUUGAAAGCAAGACCUGCAUUCAGGAGUUUACGGCUCAUCGCAAGAAACACGACGAAUCCAUUCAUGACGUAGCAUUCCAUCCCACGAAAUGUUACAUCGCCAGUGCCGGUGCAGAUGCGCUUGCUAAAGUCUUUGUAUGACGCAGUAUUUCUCUUCCUCUCUAGCUGCCGUGUGUGUGUAUAUAUAUAUAUAUAUAUAUACAACAAACAAGCUGUACAAAAGACAAGGGCAAGAGCCUCCACUUCGUGCCCUUUAAUUCAGUGAAUGUUAGCAAAUGGUCUAGGGUUAUUUUUCUUUCUUUUCUUUCAGGGUGCUCUUUUCUAAAUUAGGGGGUUCCUUGGGUUAUAUGAGCUCAGCUAGUGCUGAGAGCUGUGAAACCCUCGUGUUUCAAAUGGUCCAUAUAGAAGAACCGUUCUUAUUUUUGAAGGUGUCAGUAUUUGUCCAGGCCGGCCUUGGGCAAAAUGAGAUCCUCUGUAAACAAUAUAUGCACUCCAGUGUGGGCAAUAAGGAAGCAGAAAACUCAAUUUCUGCAGGGUGUGGGUAGAUAUAAACUUUUCUGCCUAUUUUUCCCCUCGAGAAUAUUACCCAUAUAUUUCUGUAAAAUAAGCCUGAAUUUGGUGAUGUAACUCUUAGAAAUAUCAUAUAAAUAUUAUCUCUUCUCCUUUUUUUACGUAUUGUACGGUUGAAUGAUGUACAGGAGAAUAAGGCUUGAUUUGUCUCAGCCUGCUGGCUGUUACGUUAGGUGGAUUGGGUUUAAACAUCAAAUAUUUAAGAACGUUAAUGCAGUUUCCCUAAAUUGUAUUAAAGCAGAUAUUAACAAAUGCUUUAAAAUGUAUGUUUUAUUUUAAGCCUUUGAAAGAAUUUGUUAGCAAGUGACCGGCACCACAGUUUACAACAGGGAUAAGGCUUAAUUCAGAUGUUGAUGACUCUUCCAUUCAUAGUUGUUUUCAGUAAACAAUAAGUGAUAUCUGUGUAGGCUUUAAUAGGCCUUACGGUUGAAAUGCAUGUUAAUGGGAUCCUAAUAAUUUUCAUUCUCUUGAAUAAACCUGCUUGGAUACCCCU